AUGGAAUCUUCUCUAUACGCCCAGUAGGAGGACUUCUUGCAAAAGAAUUCGAUCCAUAGAUACUUGUCUAACUUGAGCACUUCGCUUCUUGCAGGUGGUGCCAUCUAUUCAAUGACCUCUGGAAAUUAAGCUGCAGAGGCUUGGAUUUUCCGUGACGAUAUCGGAGCUCCACAUGGUAUUAAGGGUUACGAAGAGCAAGUUAACUCAGUCGGUAUGCAUCACGGUCACUCUCACUGGCCAUCUGAGAUUACCUGGAACACCUACAACUCCGCUACUUUGAGAAGAGGAUUCAAGGUUUUCCAACGUUCAUGCCAAGGAUGCCACGGAGCCAUGCAUUAGAAAUACGAUUUGCUUAUUGAUAAGGGUUUCAAGCAAAGAGAACUAAUGUCAAAGAUGGUCUUCGCUCCAAGAAUCCACCCAGCCCAUCAAAAAUACAAAGGAGAUUACUUCCAAGAGUGGGAUUACAGACAAAGAGUUAUUCAUGACAGAAUGUGGGCUCCAUAUUUCACUGUCCAUCAAGCCAAGAACGCCAACAAUGGUGUGUGGCCACCUGAACUCUCAAAGGCUAACUCUCAUCAGCCAGGUCUCAUUAACUAUUCAUAUAACUUGCUGACUGGUUAUCACUACAACCCACCCUUCGGUCUUGAUGUCCCAGAAGGUAGAUACUAUAACCCAUAUUUCGAUCAUAUGAUUAUUGCCAUGCCCCCACAACUUCACGACGGCAUGAUCGAAUAUGAAGAUGGUACUCCAGCAUCAGCUCCACAAAUGGCUCAUGAUGUUUCUGAGUAUCUUGCUUACAUUGCCAGAUCUAAGGUUCCAGAUCAAAAGGUUGUCAUUGGUAUGAUUGGUUGCAUCGUCCUGACUUUCUACCCAAUUUCAUACUUCUUCACAAAGUACCAUUACGUAAACACAUAUUCCCACAGAUUUGAAGUCUACGCUGUAAAGAGUGGCAAGGGAUACAAGAAAUUCAGAGAAAAGAUGUUCAAGACACACAAGAUCCCAGGCAACUGGCUCGGUGCUUACUCAUGA